CCCGCAUCGCGAACCAUGACCUCGGAGAAUGUCGCGAGAUCCGUCGGGAAAUUGGUAGCGGCCUGAAGGGAGGAAAGGGGAGACUGGCGGUGUCAGACCCUGGCAGCCAGCGACUGGGCCUGCAGGGCCAGGCCCUGCGGGAGAGUGGAGGAUGUGCCCUGCGGCUGGGAGGCUGAGAACGGUGCUGCUGGUGGUGGUGUUGGUGCUGCAGUACGGGCAGGGACAGGCUGGGGACUGCAAGGGCCAGCGGUAUCUCUUACAGCGGCCUGGCCUGGUGUCGGACGGCAGCGGCAACUACUCUGUCAAUGGCAACUGCGAGUGGCUGAUCGUGGCCCCUGACAGUAGGUUCCGCAUUGUGCUGACCUUCACGUCUCUGGACACCGAGUGCACCUACGACUACCUCUUUGUCUACGAUGGCGAGUCCUACGGCAGCCCCCUCCUCGCCAGCCUCAGCGGGAACACGCUCCCUGAGCCCAUCGAAGCUCGUUCGGGGAAGAUGUUGCUCCACCUCUUCAGUGAUGCCAACUACAACCUUGAGGGCUUUAACGCCAGCUACAUCUUCACGCUGUGCCCGAUGGGUUGCUCGGGGCACGGGCAGUGCGAGGUCAGUGGCACGUGUGCCUGUCACCCAGGCUGGGGCGGCGUGGACUGCAGCGUCCAGGACUGCAUCGAACACUGCGGGCGGCAUGGUUACUGCGUCACGGGUCAGCACUGCCAUUGCCAGCCAGGCUUCAUCGGUCACAGCUGUAACCUGUCACUGAAUGACAACCAGAGUGCAGGCAGUUGGUACAACAUCAGCAGGUCUGACCCGGAAUUCAUGGGACGCACGGCUGCCGCUGGUACCUUCCUCAACACCACCAACUCCUUCUACAUAUUUGGUGGAUCCGACCUCAAUCAGGUUCUGGGUGACCUGCUUAUGUACAACUUCACAAGCAACCAGUGGCAGAGGAUCGUUCUGGACCCCUGUCCGGCAGCCCGGCACGCUCACAGUGCAGUGGAGUGGCGGGGAGGAAUGGUGGUGUUCGGUGGGCAGCUGCAGGACGGCAGCCUGGCCAACGAUGUGUGGCUGUACGAGCCGGGUCCCGAGCGAUGGAGGCUGCUGCGGCCUCGCAGUGCGCGGGCCCCCCCGGGGCUAGCCGCGCACGCAGCAGCUGUGGUGGGGCAGGAGCUGUACGUCUUCGGAGGACGGACUGAUGAGGACCGCUUCAGUGCUGCCAUGUUCCGUUUCCACCUGGAGCGCUGGGUCUGGGAGGAGGUGAUUCCCACGGGAGGGAAGAGCCCGGCUGUGGCCGGACAUUCCAUGGUCUUCCACCCCGCCUCGCGUAUGCUGCUCAUCCACGGAGGCCACCGAAUCUCCCCAAGGUUCAGCUACCGGACGAAUACAACACACGCCUUCCACGUAGACCAGCGCUACUGGAGCACCUUGAAGUCUCGUCCCUCGGCUGCCAGCCCACGGGAGCAGGCCUUUCACUCCGCCACCCUCAUCGGCAACUACAUGGUGGUGUAUGGUGGGAAUGUUCACAUUCACUACCAGGAGGAGAAAUGCUACGACGACAGGGUCUACUUCUACCACCUGGGCUGCCACCAGUGGGUGUCCGGCGAGGAGCUUGGUUUGCUCAUCAGCUCCGGAGAUGGUUGGGAGAACCGGUCACUCCGGGGACGCUACGCCCACGUGGCUGCAUUGAUGAACGGGAACGUCCUGCUGAUGGCGGGGGGCUUCAGCGGGUGGCCCCUUGCUGACCUGGUGGCCUACAAGGUUCCCAUCUUUGUGUCGCAGGUCUUGGUGCAGAAUGUGCACUUGGACUACUGCUCACUGUACGGAGAGGAGACGUCCUGCAGCAGGGACCCCGAAUGUGUGUGGUGUCAGUUGGGAUGUCAGACUUACCAGGCUCACAGCACAUGUCCCCACGUGGGCUGUCUGGGCCUGGCGAGCCUCCUCUCGGACUGCCAGUCCUGUCUGGUGUUUGGUCAGAGCCGGGCGCAGCCCCCACAAGCGCCGGGGGUCUUUGGAUGGUGUGUUCAGACCAACUCCUGUCUCCCUGUUGCAGACCAGGCCAGGUGCCAGGUGGAACCGGUGCUGGGGACCCAGGGGUGGUGGGGCGCGGACACCACCUUCGUCAGCUCCGUCGAGCAGUGUCAGAAGUUGAACUUCAUGCCCGGCGUUCACCUGGUGACGUACCUGCAACCCUACAACUGGUCACAGCCCGACAAGGUGGAGCUGCGCAUCAGCCCGUCCUACGUGCAGAAUCCUAGCACGGAGCUGGAAGCAGUGAUGGUGUUGCAAGGCUUCAUCCACCCGUUGUUCGCGGCUCCCGCCCCCUCCGAUAAUGUCUUGGUCAAGGUGCAGCUCCAGCGGCUCUACGUGGUGGCGAAGAUCGGCCGCUCCAGCAACAGUCUGGAGAUGGAAGAGGUCGGACACUGGGCAGGAGAGCCGGAGAAGGAGACUCGGCUGCUGCAGAGGAACAGUGGGGACCGGCUCUUCCCACUGCUGGAACGUGGCAAUAAGUACGCGAUCCGACUGGAGGGCUCACUCAACAGCUCCGGCAAUGGCCAGACCAGCGAGAUGACGCUCACCUGGGAGCGAUCCAAAGCCGUGGGGACCACAGAAAUCUCCUUCCAUUUCCUGGAGCCGUUCCGGUCUGACAGCUGCGACUCCUACCCUUCUUGCCUGGCCUGCCUAUCAGACCAGGGCUGCGGCUGGUGCCCGGCCUCCCACACCUGUCAUCAGCGCACGUCGGGCAUGGACAGUCAGUGUGGGCGUGAUCUGCAGCUGGUGCUGCAGCCGGGGGACUGCCCGCUCUGUGGGGAGCACACGGAUUGUCACACAUGUUGUGCGGACCCGUACUGCGAGUGGCACCCCAGCAGCAGCAGGAAGGGGGACUUCCAGUGCAGCCGCCGGGGACGAUCCCCCACCGGAAUCCGGACUCCUGCCCUCUGCCCCACACCCUGCCACCUGCGAUCGUCGUGUCAGGACUGCCUGAGCAACUCCAGCCAGUGUGCCUGGUGUCAAUCCACACGAACCUGCUUUCUCUUUGCCGCCUACCUGGCCAAGUACCCAUCUGGGGAGUGUCGGGACUGGUAUGACAGCAUUCACUCAGUGAAGCAGUGUACCGACUGCUUCCACUUCUCCACCUGCAAAACUUGUCUACAGAACUUUGAGUGCGGCUGGUGCGGGAAUUCUGACAAUCCCACCGUCGGCAGAUGUCUCCCCGGUGACUUCCACAGCCUCUCAGGCUUUGACAACUGCUCGGUGGCCCUACUGGGUGUUUCAGGCUUGUCGGGGAGUGAGCCGGCAGACUGGUCCUACAGCGUGUGCCCGGAUAUCGAUGAAUGCCGUCUCCAUCUGGACAACUGCCACCAGUUCGCCAUCUGUAGCAACACCUUCCAGUCCUUCCAGUGUCACUGCACACAGGGCUACGCUGGCGACGGGAGCUCCUACUGUAACAGGACGUGUUACAAUGAGUGUCGACAUGGCCGGUGCAGUGGGCCCCCUGACUUCACUUGUAUCUGCGACCUGGGCUGGACUUCCAACAGCUCGUUGGUGAAUCAGACCGGAGUGGAGUGCGACGUCGACUGUGGCUGCAACUUCCACAGCGCCUGCCCCAAGGGCAUCGGUGUCUGCGACCAGUGCCAAGACUGGACAGAGGACGAGCACUGUGAGUCGUGCCGGGCCGGGAGUUAUGGGAACGCCAGUGGACCAGAGGGCUGCCGGCAGUGUGCGUGUAACGGGCAUGGGAUCGAUGCCCUGGGGCAGUGUGACAGGGCCACAGGGCACUGUUACUGCACCCACCACACCCAGGGCACCAACUGCCAGAGCUGUGCUCCCGGUUACUACGGAGACCCGUGGGACGGUGGGACCUGUUUCCGUGAGUGUGCCGGCCGCACCCUCCUGCGCAACGUCUCCUCCUCCUCAGCCCUGGGUUCCCUCAGGGGCAGCGGCAUCUCCAGCACCGGCCUUGCCUACUGCCUGUGGGUGCUCACCACCUCAGACUCGCCAGCGUCCUGCACGGACCUUCAACUGGGCACCUGCCCCGUCAUCAGCCUCACCAUCAGCCCAGACAUCCAAAUCCAGUGUGGGCAAAACUACAUCUAUGUUUUUGACGGGAUCCCAAGGUCCCUCACUGACUCCCAGCCGGAGAGUGCCAUCUACUCUGACCCACGGCUAAUUGGAGCCUUCUGCGGCAACGGCUGGGACCAGCCUAUCACAGUGGAGGCCCUCUCAGGAGUUCUGACCAUUUACUUCGAGGCCAACGUGUCCAGGCGGGCUGGUCUGCCCCAAGAGGGUUUAAAUGCCACCUACCGCGUCCAUGGCUGCUCACCCCCCUGCCCAGUUCACCACUUCUGCCAGGACGGGCACUGUGUAUGCCAAGAUAGUGUUUCCGGUUCAGACUGCCCCUCCCAGCCCUGUCCCAACAACUGCUCUCAUCACCUGCAGGCCGGCGUCUGUGACACAGAAUCGGGACUUUGUGUGUGUGCGGAUGGAUAUGCCGGGAGAGAUUGCGGAUCUCGGACACACCCGGGAACAAUCAUCUGGGAGACGCUGACAGUGGCUAGAGAAGAGGGAUCGGACGGCGGGAUACCGCAGCCCCGGCUGGGACAUUCGAUGGUAGAGGGUCCUGACUCCACCCUGUGGAUCUUUGGCGGCCUCUCGAUCAGAGACGGGAUGUUGAACGGCCUGUACAGAUACUCUGUUCCCGAUAGGCGCUGGAGCCGGCACAUCAGUGAGGGACCCAGCGCAAGGUACUUCCACGCGGCUGCCUCCAGCCUGUCCCGCGACACCAUGUUUGUGCUGGGGGGCCUGACCCACUCCGGAGUCACCAACGAGUUCUGGAUCCUCAAUCUGUCGACGCUGGAAUGGAGGCUCCAGAAGUCGGAGCUGAUCCCACCCAUGGCCGGACACACCCUCACGGAGUGCCGCAACUCAUCGCUGCUGCUCCUGGUGGGGGGGUACUCCCCCCAGAACGGCUUCAACAACAGGCUGCUGCAGUACAGCGUGGACACAGGCGGCUGGCGCCUGGAGCAGCACACCGGAACGGCACCCACAGGUCUGUACGGUCACUCUGCUGUAUACCACAGCUCGACUGACGCGAUCUACGUCUUCGGUGGGUAUCGGUUCUACUUGGAGACGGUGUCAGCCUCUGCCGAGCUCUACAGCCUGCACCUCGGAACUCUGACCUGGAGCCUCCUCGCACCCUCUCACAAUUCCAAGCCGCUGCCCCGGUUUUUCCACGCGGCCGGCCUGUUCCACGACUCGAUGGUGGUAGUGGGAGGUCGCUCCAGCCGCCAAGACUUCAGCGCCGACCUCCUCUUCUACCAGAUCAACUGUAACAGCUGGCUCAGCCCCAACACCUCAGGACUGUCAGUGGUGGGGGAACCGAUGAAAGGGUCCAUCGCUCACACCGCACUCCCCCUGUGGAACCGGCUGUACAUCCUGGCGGGGUACCAGGGUGUGGCCCUGGGUUCCCUGCUCUCUCUCUCUGUCCCGCACGAUCCCUGCCUGGUCUUCAGCAGCCCCGCAGCCUGCAACACCAGCGCCAGCUGUGUGUGGUGUCACUCCGUCCGCAACGGCAGCUGCCUGUCUACCGACCAGGCCCACAGGUUGGGACUGGAGCCGGGUAGUUCCCACUGUGACCCACUGCCCCGGCACCCGGAGACCUGCCGACACCUCAGGACCUGCAGUGAGUGUCUGGCCCUGCACCCCCGGCUCCUGGGACAGCCGCAGCGUCUGAGGUGCAAGUGGUGCACCAACUGCCCUGAAGGGGCCUGCAUCAGCACCAAUGCCAGCUGCAGCAAGGAGAACGACUGCCGCAUCAAUCAGCGCGAGAUCUUUGUGGCCAGCAACUGCUCGGAGAUCUCCUGUGAAGCUUCUGACUGCCACAAGUGCACAUCAUCCGGCAAGUGUAUGUGGACCCGCCAGUUCAAACGCACAGGCGAGACCCGCCGGAUCCUCAGCGUGAGCCCCGCCUACGACUGGACCUGCUUCAGCCACUCGCUCCGCAACGUGUCUCCGAUGCCAGUGGAGUCCUCGCCCCCGGAGCCUUGUCCCACCCCCUGCCACAACCUGACCAACUGCGCCGACUGCCUCAGCUCUAACGGCUCUGACGGGGGGUGGCAGCAGUGUGUCUGGAGCGUGGCCCUGCAGCAGUGUAUGAGCCCCAGUUUUGCGCCGCUGCGCUGUGCGGCGGGGAUGUGCGGCCGGACCCUGCGGGGGUCGAAAGCGAGCUGUAACCUGUCGUGUGCCAGCUACCAGCAGUGCUCCCACUGCAUCCGGCACUCCCACUGUGGCUGGUGCUCCACCCGUGGCCUCAACGGCAUCGGACGCUGCAUGCAGGGUGGCCUUCACGGACCCUGGGACGGCGGGGCCCAGGGCUGUGGGGAAGUCGACGGCACAUGGGCCUUCAUGUCCUGCCCCGCGGAGAACGAGUGUCUCAACGGGCACCACGACUGUGACGAGACGCAGAACUGCACCGACCGGCCCCAGGGCUUCGAGUGUGUGUGUCGCUCCGGCUACAUGCACGACAGUACGCUGGAGAUGUGCCGGCCGGUUUGUGAGCAAGGCUGUGUGAACGGUACCUGUGUGGAACCCAACAACUGUCGGUGUCACUUUGGCUACGUGGGCCGUAACUGUUCUGUGGGGUGUUACUGCAACCAGCACAGCGAGUGUGAGAGCGUCACUGCCCGCGACCGCUGCCUGCACUGUGUUAACAACACCAAGGGGGAUCACUGCGAGAAGUGCCGGCCGCUGUUUGUGGGCUUGGCGGUGGACGGUGGGACGUGCAGACCCUGCAGCGUCUUCUGCAACAAUAACAGCGAUGUCUGCGUCACCAAAGAGCAGUACAACCUGUGGCUGCAGGAACCCCAAGGACACCCGCUGGACCCAGCCCAGAUUGGGAGCUGGGUGAGCGAGGGCCCGACAGAGGAGAAUGCCGUGUGCGUCCAGUGCCAGAACAACAGCUCCGGGGAGCGAUGCCACUCCUGUCUCGAGGGCUACUUCUUGCUUGACAACAAGUGCACCAAAUGCCAGUGUAAUGGGCACUGGGACCGGUGCAGAGUCUCGGACGGUACAGAGUGCCUCUGUCAGAACAACACGGAGACUAGCUGCCCGACCGCUCAGGCCGAGAGGAAGGACUGCUACAAAUACCAGUGUGCCCGCUGCAAGGAGAACUUCCUGGGAAACCCGACGCAGGGCCGCCAGUGCUACCGACAGAUCACGGUGGAACAGGAGUACUGCUUCGACCCCACCUCACAGAGCAACUGCUACCACGAGCCACACGUCCGCAACCUGCCGGCUGGCCGCACCGUCUUCUUCGCCGUGCAGCCCAAGUUCACCAACGUGGACAUCCGCAUCACAGUGGACGUCACCUUCGGUGCCGUCGACGUCCACCUCUCCAACUCGCACUCCUCCUUCGCCGUGGCCAUCGACCCGCUCACCGGCCGGCACCUGGUGAGGCUCGGCGAGGCCGAGGGGGCGGCAGGGGCCGAGGGCGGGGUGGGGCGCGCGGCACAGAACGUCAGCCUGCCGCUCCCGGCGGCCCCGCAGCUGAGGGAGGAGCAGGCCAAGGGUCUGACCACCUACGUGACGGUGCAGAGCCCGCAGACCGUGCUGGUGGUGCGCGGGGUGAGUCAGCGGCUGGUGGUCACCUACCCGUACCGCCUGCACGCCCUCAAAACGCAGCGGUUCUUCCUGGCGCUGCUGGGAGCGGGCCCCGGAGAGGCACAGGGGCUGCUGUUCUUCCGCCAGGACCAGGCCCAUAUCGACCUCUUCGUCUUCUUCAGUGUCUUCUUCUCCUGUUUCUUCCUCUUCCUCUCGGCGUGCGUGCUGCUCUGGAAGGCCAAGCAGGCGGUGGAUGCCCGGCGGGAACGCCGCCGUCACCUGCAGGAGAUGGACAAGAUGGCCAGCCGCCCCUUCGCCCGCCUCACAGUUUGCCUGGAGCCCGAGGCCCGGGCCCCCUUUCCUCCCCUGGCCCCGCCCCCUCCCGCCCUCCUCCUGCCCCUCCGGCCCCGCCCUGCGCCCCGGCAAAGCCGCCGCAGCGGGGAGCUGCUGCCCCCCUUCCUCCCACCGCCCCAGCCGCUGACCGCCCCCCCUCCUCACCCUUCCCUACCGGCCACCAUCGCCGGCAGCGGCUUCCGGGUGGGGCCUGUCACGCUGGAGCCCACCGAGGACGGACUGGCGGCCGUGGCCACUCUGCUCUUCCAGCUGCCCGGCGGGCCCCUCUCCCCCAACCGCGCCUGCCUGGGCUCUGCCCUGGUCAGCCUGCGCCACGGCCUGCAGGACUACUGCUCGGCCGCGCCCCCGGCUGGGCCCUGUCGCAAGGGAGGAGGGCUCAGCCACGACAACCUCACCAGCAUGUCCACCUAAGAGUAGGCUGCCCCUGCCGAGCCAGGUCAGCUGAAGCGGAUCUGAGGGGGGGUGAGGCUCUCUUCAGUCAGAGGCGUUUUACAUUCUCGAUGCAGCCCUCACCCCACCCCAUUCCCAGUCCCUUGUGGGAUGCUCAGAGACGUCUGCCUCCUCUGUCUAGCCUCACGCAGACUGCUCCCUCCUCCGUCUGGUAUCGCAGAGAUGCCUGACUCCUCCCUCUCUCGGGCCCUCACGGUGGCGUCUGACUUCCUGACCAUCUUGUCUCCCACAGAUGUCUGCCUCCUCGUUGAGCACUUCUCCCAAAGACGGCUGUCCCCUCGGCUAUCUAUAUUCCCAGAAGUGUCUGCCUCCUGAGUUGCCCCAUUUCUGGCAGAUGGCUGCUUCGUCAGCUGUCCAGUCCGGUCCAGUGCCCUUUGUCUGUCCCGACUCCCAGAGGUGGGUGACGCUGGUGCAGUGGUCAGGUACACUGGCAGACACCGGGUACCCCAGCAGGGCCUGUUGAGUCCUGAGUCCCCUGUCCUCCCCCCACCCCACCAACAGAACUCACUGGGCCCAGUGCCACACUGUGUGAGUGUCAAUGGCACGGCCUGGGUGGUGGAGCCCAGAAGGGCUGCCGAGCAUGGCACCCUCUCAUGCAUCCAUCACCACACUGCACUGUAGCAGGUGAACAGACAGCAAGAGGGGAAGGUCGCAGUCCCAGGAGAUUGGAGCAGAUCCUGGACCCACAUCCCACACCUAACCACGAGCAAAUGUCCCUGGGGGGAACACCGUUGCCAUUGUGGCUGAGAAUCUGCUUCUCCCCACCGUCGGUUGUCAAGCCGCAGGUGGGAGCAGAACAAGCCGUCCGCUCACGAAGCCAGGCCAGCCCGAUGUCACCUCUGGCCCUCGCUGGCUCCACUCCACUCUGUCCUGCAAAGGCACAGAAGGAUCCCGAACGGUAACAGGGCCGUGGCCCAUUAACCUGCAACCCCUGCUGAGCAACCAUUGGACAGGAAGCACAUCACCUAAAGGGUUGUCGCACUCCCAGGAUAUGGGCCAGCUCCUUCCUCCUCCAGGACCGGGGUGAUCCCCACACUACAGAAAACAGACCCUCCGCCCACCUCAGUGGAUUUGGCAAGCCAAGCAUUGGCACAGCACACCUGUGCUGUCUGGUUGGGACCUCAAUGGGCAGCAGGAGACGGUUGAACCCCAUUGCCAGUUUGGGUGGUGGUUUACCAUCCACAUGUAAUGGUUGAGCAGGUGAUAGCCCACCAGUGGGAAAGAGGGGCUGAGGGACAGGCUGUUUGAAGCCAAGGGUGGUGGGUAUGUGGGACAAGCUGCCAAAAGAGUUGGGGUACAAUGACAACAUCCAAAGGUAUUUGAAUAGGUGCACAGAGGGGAAGGGGGGCGAUGCAGGCCUAACUGCAGGCAAAUUGAAUUAAAGGACCUUCCUGGCCGGCAUGGACAAGAUGGGCUGAAAGGACGUGUUUUUGGACUGUUCAGGCUUGCAUACUAUCCCUAAGUCCAUUGAAUAUGUAAUAGUGCACCCUAAAAACCCUCUGUACCCGAGGGCUCUACAUUGACUGUAUACUCUCCCCUAAAAUCCCUCCGUACCCGAGGAUCCGACAUUGCCUGUGUAUUCCCCCUCACAUUUGUCUGGGUUAAAUUCCAUCCGCCAUCUCUGCCACAACUGUAUAUCUGCUCUUCUAUCCUGUUUCCUUACUUUGUGUCACCUGCACACACUCAUCAAUCGCCCUACAUUUUUCUAAAUAUCCAGUGGAUUCCGGUUAAUUGGGGAACAUCGGGACCAGUACAUUUUGGCUCAAAUAAUCAGCUGCCCCAUUUAGCCAGUUUCGUUGAAAUAUAAUCAUAAAGGUUUUUUUAAAAAAAGGCAAACUACUGUUUAACUGAGUAACAAAUUAUUUAUUUAAUUGAAAUACAGAACAGAUUAGAACACUGGCAAGAGUACUGCAGUACUAUAAAACUAUUAGUUCCUAAUAGUUAUCGACGGAGCAAUUCAUCCAGUGUAUGAUGCUGUCUUCUUUCGAUGACUGUACAUGAACAAAAACCAGCAGACAAGUAGGGUAAUUUUUUUCAAUUUGUGACAAAUUGGCAAAUCUUUUAGUGGCUUCUUGACAAGGGUUUGAAAUGUUUUAAGUGAGAUUAAAAAAAAGACAAAUGAUCAAAUAUUGCUUUUGACCACGAAGGGACAGCAACACAAGAACGUACAAUUGCUGCUAUUUAGAAAGUUUGCUCUACACAUUUAGAAAGUUUCCUCUACCGUAAGACGUAGGAGCAGAAUUAGGCCAUUCAGCCCAUCUAGUCUGCUCUGCCAUUCCAUCAUGGUGAUCCCGGAUCCCACUCAACCCCUUCUCGCCAUGUCCUUUAAUGCCCUGAAUGAUCAGUAACCUAUCAACUUCCCCCUUAAAUAUACUUGGCCUCCACCGCAAUCUGUGACAGUGCAUUCCACAGAUUCACUACUCUGUGGCUAAAAAAAUUCCUCUUUACCUCUCUUCUGAAAGGUUGCCUCUCAAUUUUGAGGCUGUGCCCUCCAGUUCUGGAUAUCCCCAUCAUAGGAAACAUCCUCUCCACAAUCACCUUAUCUGGUCCUUUCAACAUUAGAUAGGUUUCAAUGAGAUCCCCUUGCUUUCUUCUAAAUUCCAGUGAGUACAUGCCCAAAGCUGCCAAACGCUCCUCAUAUGUUAACCUCUUCAUUCCUGGAAUGAUCCUCGUGAACUUCCUAUGGACUCUCCAAUGACAGCACAUCUUUUCUGAGAUAUGGGGCCCAAAACUGUUCACAAUACUCCAAGUGCGGCCUGUCUUGUGUCUUAAAAAGCCUCAGUGUUACCUCUUUGCUUUUAUACUCUAUUCCCCUUGGAAUAAAUGCUAACAUUGCAUUUGCCUUCUUUCUCACAGACUAAAUCUGUAACUGAAUCUACUGGGAGUCUUGCACGAGGACUUCUAAGUGCCUCUGCACCUCAGAUGUUUGAAACUUCUCUCCAUUUAUAUAAUAAUGAUAUUUAGAUGAUACCAGAGGCCUGAGAGCUUGAGGGCUUGAUGCAGUUUCCUUGCUGUUCCUAGUAGUGCGCUCUUCUAGAUUGAGAUCUCAGAUAUUGGUGCUGGGACUUGUUGGAGUCACUCUCCCAGACCAGGUGCCACAGCUCCAAGUGCUCGUGUCACCUCUGGGAUUGCUCUGGCUUUAACCUUUCCCAUCCUUUCUAUCUGCUUUUUCAAGCCCUGAUAUUUCUUCAGCUUUCCAUAUUUUAUCCUGAUAUUACUGUCAUUCAUGGUUGCCACAUCUAUUGCUGUUGCUUUCUUCUGAUCCCUGUCCGGUAUUACAAUGUCUGGUUGGUUGGCCAGUACCUGCUUAUCAGACUGUAUUUGGAAAUCCCACAGGAUCUUAGCUCUGUCAUUGACCACUACCUUCUCGGGUGUUCCUCAUCUGGACUUGGGAGUUCUUGUACACAGUUCCUGCAACUUGGUUGUGCCAUUCAGUGUAUGCUGUUGCUGCCUGCAUCUUGCACCCUGAUCCAUGCACAAUCUACAUCUUGGGUCUUGUCUGGUGUGGUAGACCCUUGCUUCUAUUGCUCUUGGGCUCAGCGCUUGUUCUUGUGCAGCCGUGAGCAGUGUCUCUGAGCUGUCCCUCAGCCUUGCCGUUUCCAGCCAUUGGUGGGAUUUUCUUUUGUCAGCCAUCUCUGAUAUCUGGCAGUGGUACGUACCAUGCAGUGGUUUGCCAUGCCGUGGCCUCUGGUCCUCUGGCUCUGCUUCACCCACUAUCACUUCACGUCCCCUGCCUGCUGUCUGAGGUAUUCCAGCAGGUGGUCUUUAGGGGCCAUCACCCUGACAUGCUCAUGGAUGUUUCGCAUUUCUUCAGGACCAUGGUCUUGACACUUCCAAGGCCCUGUCCUCCUUUAUUCUGGCAGGUGUACAGUCACUCGACAUUGGACUUUGGUUGGAAUCCUCCAUGUAUUGUUAGUAGUUUCCAGGUCAUCAAGUCAGUGGUUUACAGUUUGUUCCCUGGCCAGCACACUGUUGCGGCUGGGUAUCUGAUGACUGAUAGGGCAAAUGUGUUGAUGGCCCUGCUCUUCUUCUUCUCACUUAGCUGCCUUUUUGAACCUUUCUCACUCUUUGGAGGUUCUUGGAUGUUGCAGCCUUCCUUCUGGCCUUCAGGUAACUCAACUCCUUCAGUCUUGAUGAGUUUGCCUCUCGUCACGACCAUCGGGCUGCACUUUUCCAGUCCAAAUGACAUUCCAACGUCUCUGCCGUAUACCCUUGUCAGGAGGGUGAGUGAGUCAAUCUCUCUUUCAUUGCUAGCAUACAGCUUUGAUGUCAUCCUUGUAGGGGAAGUGGCUGUUCAGUCUUGUGUACUAUCCCAAAGUCCAUUGAAUAUGUAAUAGUGCACCCUAAAAUCCCUCUGUACCCGAGGGUCCUGCAUUGACUGUGUGUUCUCCCCUCACAUUUGCCUGGGUUAAAAUCUAUCUGCCAUCUCUGCCAGAACUGUAUUUCUGCUCCUGUAUCCUUUCACCGGUUUCCUCACUUUGUGUCACCUGCAGACACUCAUCAGCCCCCACUACAUUUUUCUCUAAAGAUCCAGUGGAUUCCAGUUAAUUGGGAAACAGCGGGACCACUACAUUUUGUCUAAAACAAUCGGCUGCCCCAGUUAGUCAGUUUCAUUUAAAUAUAGUCAUAAACGUUUUUAAAAAUGGCAAACUACUGAGUAACAAAUUAUUUAUUUGAUUGAAAUACAGAACAAAGUAGAACACUGGCAAGAGUACUGCAGUACUAUAAAACUAUUAGUUCCUAAUAGUUAUCGACAGAGCAAUUCAUCCAGUGUAUGAUGCUGUCUUCUUUCGAUGACUGUACAUGAACAAAAACCAGCAGACAACUAGGGUAAUUUUUUUCAAUUUGUGACAAAUUGGCAAAUCUAUUGGUGGCUUCUCGACAAGGGUUUGAAAUGUUUUAAGUUAGUUUAAAAAAAAACAAAUGAUCAAAUAUUGCUUUUGACGACCUAUAUGGAUAGCAAUACAAGAACAUACAGUUGCCGCUAUUCAAAAAGUUUGCUGUACGAAUGAUGUCAAGUCUAACGGCCACACUUGUGUACGCGACUGACACGGUUCAGAACCGUUCGGCAACAGUCUCCUGUCCCAAUCAAAUGGCACAGUGUCCCUAAGAAGGAAAGGGAAUACUGACUAUUUUCUCAAUUAGUUUUUGUUGUUUAAGAGUUGUCCGAAAUACGCGGUUCUCCCGAUUAACUGAUGGUCCAAUCAACCGGAACCCACUGUAUGUAUGUGUGUGUGUAUACGUAUAUAUAUGUGUGUGUGUAUACGUAUAUAUAUGUGUGUGUGUAUACGUAUAUAUAUGUGUGUGUGUAUACAUAUAUAUAUGUAUGUGUGUGUGUGUGUAAAUGUAUGUAUAUAUCUGUGUGUGUGUGUAAUGUAUAAAUGUUUGUAUAUUUUCUCUUCUCGCUCCUUAUGGAUGGUGUGUAUGUGUAUUUUUCCCCUCAAUCUUGGGUCCUCUACCGUAAGACGUAGGAGCAGAAUUAGGCCAUUCAGCCCAUUGAGUCUGCUGUGCCAUUCCAUCAUGGUGAUCCUGGAAUCCCACUCAACCCCUUCUCGCCAUGUCCUUUAAUGCCCUGAAUGAUCAGGAACCUAUCAAAUUUCCCCUUAAAUAUACUUGGCCUCCACUGUAGUCUGUGGCAGAGCAUUCCACAGAUUCACUACUCUGUAGCUAAAAUCUUCCUCUUUACCUCUGUUCUAAAAGCUUGCCUCUCAAUUUUGAGGCUGUUGCCUCUAGUUCUGGAUAUCCCCAUCAUAGUAAACAUCCUCUCCACAAUCACCUUAUCUGGUCCUUUCAACAUUAGAUAGGUUUCAAUCAGAUCCCCCUGCUUUCUUCUAAAUUCCAGUGAGUACAUGCCCAAAGCUGCCAAACGCUCCUCAUAUGUUAACCUCUUCAUUCCUGGAAUGAUCCUCGUGAACUUCCUAUGGACUCUCCAAUGACAGCACAUCUUUUCUGAGAUAUGGGGCUCAAAACUGUUCACAAUACUCCAAGUGCGGCCUGUCUUGUGUCUUAAAAAGCCUCAGUGUUACCUCUUUGCUUUUAUACUCUAUUCCCCUUGGAAUAAAUACCAAAAUUGCAUUUGCCUUCUUUCUCACAGACUAAAUCUGUAACUGAAUCUACUGGGAGUCUUGCACGAGGACUUCUAAGUGCCUCUGCACCUCAGAUGUUUGAAACUUCUCUCCGUUUAUAUAAUAAUGAUAUUUAGAUGAUACCAGAGGCCUGAGAGGUUGAGGGCUUGAUGCAGUUUCCUUGCUGUUCCUAGUAGUGCGCUCUUCUAGAUUGAGAUCUCAGAUAUUGGUGCUGGGACUUGUUGGAGUCACUCUCCCAGACCAGGUGCCACAGCUCCAAGUGCUCGUGUCACCUCCGCGAUUACUGUGGCUUUAACCUUUCACAUCCUUUCUGUCUGCUCUUUCAAGCCCUGGUAUUUCUCCAGCUUUUUAUGUUCUUUUUUCCUGAUGUUACUGUCAUUCAGGGUUGCCACAGAGUUACAAAAUACACGUGGACUAAGAUGUUAACUGUCCUGUGCUAUCACCAGUGGGAUCAUCAGCUGAUCUGCCACCUGUCUUCAGAGUUUCGGCCUGCUUAUGAUCAAGACUCCCACGAGGUAGUGUGCUAUUGCAUUCUUCUGUUCCCUGUCCGGUAUUACAAUGUCUGGUUGGUUGGCCAGUACCUGCUUAUCAGACUGUAUUUGGAAAUCCCACAGGAUCUUAGCUCUGUCAUUGACCACUACCUUCUCGGGUGUUCCUCAUCUGGACUUGGGAGUUCUUGUACACAGUUCCUGCAACUUGGUUGUGCCAUUCAGUGUAUGCUGUUGCUGCCUGCAUCUUGCACCCUGAUCCAUGCACAAUCUACAUCUUGGGUCUUGUCUGGUGUGGUAGACCCUUGCUUCUAUUGCUCUUGGGCUCAGCGCUUGUUCUUGUGCAGCCGUGAGCAGUGUCUCUGAGCUGUCCCUCAGCCUUGCCGUUUCCAGCCAUUGGUGGGAUUUUCUUUUGUCAGCCAUCUCUGAUAUCUGGCAGUGGUACGUACCAUGCAGUGGUUUGCCAUGCCGUGGCCUCUGGUCCUCUGGCUCUGCUUCACCCACUAUCACUUCCACGUCCCCCGCCUGCUGUCUGAGGUAUUCCAGCAGGUGGUCUUUAGGGGCCAUCACCCUGACAUGCUCAUGGAUGUUUCGCAUUUCUUCAGGACCAUGGUCUUGCCACUUCCAAGGCCCUGUCCUCCUUUAUUCUGGCAGGUGUACAGUCACUCGACAUUGGACUUUGGUUGGAAUCCUCCAUGUAUUGUUAGUAGUUUCCUGGUCAUUAAGUCAGUGGUUUACAGAUCGUUCCCUGCCAGCACACUGUUGCGGCUGGGUAUCUGAUGACUGAUAGGGCAAAUGUGUUGAUGGCCCUGCUCUUCUUCUUCUCACUUAGCUGCCUUUUUGAACCUUUCUCACUCUUUGGAGGUUCUUGGAUGUUGCAGCCUUCCUUCUGGCCUUUAGGUAACUCAACUCCUUCAGUCUUGAUGAGUUUGCCUCUCGUCACGACCAUCGGGCUGCACUUUUCCAGUCCAAAUGACAUUCCAACGUCUCUGCCGUAUACCCUUGUCAGGAGGGUGAGUGAGUCAAUCUCUCUUUCAUUGCUAGCAUACAGCUUGAUGUCAUCCUUGUAGGGGAAGUGGCUGUUCAGUCUUGUGUACUAUCCCAAAGUCCAUUGAAUAUGUAAUAGUGCACCCUAAAAUCCCUCUGUACCCGAGGGUCCUGCAUUGACUGUUUACUCUCCCCUAAAAUCCCUCUGUACCCGAGGGUCCUGCAUUGACUGUUUACUCUCCCCUAAAAUCCCUCUGUACCCGAGGGUCCUGCAUUGACUGUUUACUCUCCCCUAAAAUCCCUUUGUACCCGAGGGUCCCACAUUGACUGUGUGCUCUCCCCUAAAAUCCCUCUGUACCCGAGGGUCCCACAUUGACUGUGUGCUCUCCCCUAAAAUCCCUCUGUACCCGAGGGUCCCACAUUGACUGUGUGCUCUCCCCUAAAAUCCCUUUGUACCCGAGGGUCCCACAUUGACUGUGUGCUCUCCCUGCACAUUUGUCUGGGUUAAAUUCCAUCCGCCAUCUCUGCCACAACUGUAUUUCUGCUCCUGUAUCCUUUCACCGGUUUCCUCACUUUGUGUCACCUGCAGACACUCAUCAGACCCCCUACAUUUUUAUCUAAAAAUCCCGUGGAUUCCGGUUAACUGGGAAACAUCGUGACCAGCAGACAACUGGGGUGGUUUUUUUCAAUUUGUGACAAAUUGGCAAAUCUUUUGGUGGCUUCUCGACAAGGGUUUGCAAUGUUUUAAGUCAUAUUUAAAAAAAAAACAUAUGAUCAAUUAUUGCUUUUGAUGACCUAAUCGAAUAGCAGCACAAGGAUGUACAAUUGCUGCUAUUUAGAAAGUUUGCUCUACAUAUGAUGACAUGUCUGAUGGCCACAGUUGUGUACGCGACUGACAGGGUUCAGAACUGUUCAGCAAUAGUCUCCUGCCCCAAUCAAAUGGCCAGUGUCCCAAAUAAGGAAAGGGAAUCCUGACUAUUUUCUCAAUUAGUUUUUGUUGUUUAAGUCUUGUCUGAAAUAAGCGGCUGUCCCAAUUAACUGAUGGUCCAAUUAACCGGAAUCCACUGUAUGUACUUGUAUGUGUGUGUGUAUAUGUAUGUGUAUGUAUACAUAUAUAUAUGUAUAUGUGUGUGUGUGUAUAUAUUACAUAUAAAUGACUGUAUUUUUCUCUUCUUGCUGCUUAUGGAUGGUGUGUAUGUGUAUUUUUCCCUCAAUCUUGGGUCCUCUACCGUAUAGAAGCAGAAUUAGGCCAUUCAGCCCAUUGAAUCUGCUCUGCCAUUCCAUCAUGGUGAUCCUGGAUCCCAUUCAACCCCUUCUCGCCAUGUCCAUAAUGCCCUGUAUGAUCAGGAAACUAUCAACUUCCCCCUUAAAUAUACUUGGCCUCCACCGCAGUUUGUGACAGAGCAUUCCACAGAUUCACUACUCUGUAGCUAAAAAAUUUCCUCUUUACCUCUGUUCUAAAAGGUUGCCUCUCAGUUUUGAGGCUGUUGCCUCUAGUUCUGGAUAUCCCCAUAAUAGGAAACAUCCUCUCCACAAUCACCUUAUCUGGUCCUUUCAACAUUAGAUAGGUUUCAAUCAGAUCCCCCUGCUUUCUUCUAAAUUCCAGUGAGUACUGGCCCAAAGCUGCCAAACGCUCCUCAUAUGUUAACCUCUUCAUUCCUGGAAUGAUCCUCGUGAACUUCCUAUGGACUCUUUCCAAUGAAAGCACAUCUUUUCUGAGAUAUGGGGCCCAAAACUGUUCACAAUACUCCAAGUGCGGCCUGUCUUGUGUCUUAAAAAGCCUCAGUGUUACCUCUUUGCUUUUAUACUCUAUUCCCCUUGGAAUAAAUGCUAACAUUGCAUUUGCCUUCUUUCUCACAGACUAAAUCUGUAAAUGAAUCUUCUGGGAGUCUUGCACAAGGACUUCUAAGUCCCUCUGCACCUCUGAUGUUGGAAACAUCUCUCUGUUUAGAUAAUAAAAAUAUUUAGAUGAUACCAGAGGCCUGAGAGCUUGAGGGCUUGAUGCAGUUUCCUUGCUGUUCCUAGUAGUGCGCUCUUCUAGAUUGAGAUCUCAGAUAUUGGUGCUGGGACUUGUUGGAGUCACUCUCCCAGACCAGGUGCCACAGCUCCAAGUGCUCGUGUCACCUCCGCGAUUACUGUGGCUUUAACCUUUCACAUCCUUUCUGUCUGCUCUUUCAAGCCCUGGUAUUUCUCCAGCUUUUUAUGUUCUUUUUUCCUGAUGUUACUGUCAUUCAGGGUUGCCACAGAGUUACAAAAUACACGUGGACUAAGAUGUUAACUGUCCUGUGCUAUCACCAGUGGGAUCAUCAGCUGAUCUGCCACCUGUCUUCAGAGUUUCGGCCUGCUUAUGAUCAAGACUCCCACGAGGUAGUGUGCUAUUGCAUUCUUCUGUUCCCUGUCCGGUAUUACAAUGUCUGGUUGGUUGGCCAGUACCUGCUUAUCAGACUGUAUUUGGAAAUCCCACAGGAUCUUAGCUCUGUCAUUGACCACUACCUUCUCGGGUGUUCCUCAUCUGGACUUGGGAGUUCUUGUACACAGUUCCUGCAACUUGGUUGUGCCAUUCAGUGUAUGCUGUUGCUGCCUGCAUCUUGCACCCUGAUCCAUGCACAAUCUACAUCUUGGGUCUUGUCUGGUGUGGUAGACCCUUGCUUCUAUUGCUCUUGGGCUCAGCGCUUGUUCUUGUGCAGCCGUGAGCAGUGUCUCUGAGCUGUCCCUCAGCCUUGCCGUUUCCAGCCAUUGGUGGGAUUUUCUUUUGUCAGCCAUCUCUGAUAUCUGGCAGUGGUACGUACCAUGCAGUGGUUUGCCAUGCCGUGGCCUCUGGUCCUCUGGCUCUGCUUCACCCACUAUCACUUCCACGUCCCCUGCCUGCUGUCUGAGGUAUUCCAGCAGGUGGUCUUUAGGGGCCAUCACCCUGACAUGCUCAUGGAUGUUUCGCAUUUCUUCAGGACCAUGGUCUUGACACUUCCAAGGCCCUGUCCUCCUUUAUUCUGGCAGGUGUACAGUCACUCGACAUUGGACUUUGGUUGGAAUCCUCCAUGUAUUGUUAGUAGUUUCCAGGUCAUCAAGUCAGUGGUUUACAGUUUGUUCCCUGGCCAGCACACUGUUGCGGCUGGGUAUCUGAUGACUGAUAGGGCAAAUGUGUUGAUGGCCCUGCUCUUCUUCUUCUCACUUAGCUGCCUUUUUGAACCUUUCUCACUCUUUGGAGGUUCUUGGAUGUUGCAGCCUUCCUUCUGGCCUUCAGGUAACUCAACUCCUUCAGUCUUAAUGAGUUUGCCUCUCGUCACGACCAUCGGGCUGCACUUUUCCAGUCCAAAUGACAUUCCAACGUCUCUGCCGUAUACCCUUGUCAGGAGGGUGAGUGAGUCAAUCUCUCUUUCAUUGCUAGCAUACAGCUUUGAUGUCAUCCUUGUAGGGGAAGUGGCUGUUCAGUCUUGUGUACUAUCCCAAAGUCCAUUGAAUAUGUAAUAGUGCACCCUAAAAUCCCUCUGUACCCGAGGGUCCUGCAUUGACUGUUUACUCUCCCCUAAAAUCCCUCUGUACCCGAGGGUCCUACAUUGACUGUUUACUCUCCCCUAAAAUCCCUCUGUACCCAAGGGUCCUACAUUGACUGUGUGCUCUCCCCUAAAAUCCCUCUGUACCCGAGGGUCCUACAUUGACUGUGUAUUUCCCCUCACAUUUGUCUGGGUUAAAUUCCAUCAGCCAUCUCUGCCAGAACUGUAUUUCUGCUCCUGUAUCCUUUCACCGGUUUCCUCACUUUGUGUCACCUGCAGACACUCAUCAGCCCCCACUACAUUUUUCUCUAAAGAUCCAGUGCAUUCUGGUUAAUUGGGAAUCAUCGGGACCACUACAUUUUGUCUAAAACAAUCGGCUGCUCCAGUUAGCCAGUUUUGUGGAAAUAUAGUCAUAAAGGUUUUAAAAAAGGCAAACUACUGUUUAACUAAGUAACAAUUUUUUUUUAUUUAAUUGAAAUACAGAACAGAUUAGAACACUGGCAAGAGUACUGCAGUACUAUAAAACUAUUAGUUCCUAAUAGUUAUUGACGGAGCAAUUCAUCCAGUGUAUGAUGCUGUCUUCUUUCGAUGACUGUACAUGAACAAAAACCAGCAGACAACUAGGGUAAUUUUUUCAUUUUGAGACAAACUGGCAAAUCUUUUGGUGACUUCUCGACAAGGGUGUGAAAUGUUUUAAGUCAGAUUUAAAAAAAAAACAAAUGUAACAUUGCUUUUGGCAACCUAAAAGGAUAGCAAUACAUGAACAUACAAUUGCUCUUUAGAAAGUUUGCUCUACAUAUGAUGACAUGUCUGAUGGCCACACUUGUGUACACGACUGACACUGGUUCAGAACUGUUCAGCUACAGUCUCCUGUCCCAAAUAAACAAAGGGAAUUCUGGCUAUUUUCUCAAUUAGUUUUUGUUGUUUAAGAGUUGUCCCAAAUAAACGGCUGUCCCGAUUAACUGAUGGUCCAAUUAACCGGAACCCACUGUAUGUAUUUGUGUGUGUAUGUAUAUAUGUAUGUGUGUGUAUAAUGUAUAAAUGUUUGUAUAUUUUUUCUUCUCGCUCCUUAUGGAUGGUGUGUAUGUGUGUUUUUCCCUCAAUCUUGGGUCCUCCCCGUAAGACAUAGGAGCAGAAUUAGGGCAUUCAGCCCAUUGAGUUGCUCUGCCAUUCCAUCAUGGUGAUCCUGGAUCCCACUUAACCCCUUCUCGCCAUGUCCUUUAAUGCCCUGAAUGAUCAGGAACCUAUCAACUUUUGUUUCAAAUGUUUUUAUUGUGAAGCAACAUCAACACAGGAACUUAUCAACUUCUGCCUUAAAUAUACUUGGCCCCCACCGCAGUCUGAAGCAGAGCAUUCCACAGAUUCACUACUCUCUGGUUUAAAAAAUUCCUCUUUACCUCUGUUCUAAAAGGUUGCCUCUCAAUUUUGAGGCUGUGCCCUCCAGUUCUGGAUAUCCCCAUCAUAGGAAACAUCUUCGCCACAAUCACCUUAUCUGGUCCUUUCAACAUUAGAUUGAUUUCAAUGAGAUCCCCUUGCAUUCUUUUAAAUUCUAGUGAGUACAUGCCCAAAGCUGCCAAACGCUCCUCAUAUGUUAACCUCUUCAUUCCUGGGAUCAUCCUUGUGAACUUCCUAUGGACUCUCUCCAAUGACAGCACAUCUUUUCUGAGAUAUGGGGCACAAAACUGUUCACAAUACUCCAAGUGCGGCCUGUCUAGUGUCUUAAAAAGCCCUAGUGUUGCCUCUUUGCUUCUAUUAUCUAUGGUACCCUUGAAAUAAAUGCCAACAUUGCAUUUGUUUUCUUUAUCACAGAACAAUCUGUAAAUUAAUCUUCUGGUAGUCUUGCACGAGGACUUCUAAGUCCCUCUGCACCUCUGAUGUGGGAAACAUCUCUCUGUUUAGAUAAUAAAAUAUUUAGAUGAUACCAGAGGCCUGAGAGCUUGAGGGCUUGAUGCAGUUUCCUUGCUGUUCCUAGUAGUGCGCUCUUCUAGAUUGAGAUCUCAGAUAUUGGUGCUGGGACUUGGUGGAGUCACUCUCCCGGACCAGGUGCCACAGCUCCAAGUGCUCGUGUCACCUCCAGGAGUACUCUGGCUUUAACCUUUCCCAUCCUUUCUGUCUCUUUCAAGCCCUGAUGUUUCUUCAGCUUUUCAUAUUCUUUUUUCCUGAUGUUACUGUCAUUCAGGGUUGCCACAUCUAUUGCUGUUGCUUUCUUCUGUUCCUUGUUACUAUGGUUGGUUGGCAGUACCUGUGUAUCUGAUAUGUGGCCUUCAGGUAACUCAACUCUUUCAGUCUUGAUGAGUUUGCCUCUUUUCACUACCAUCCGGCUGCACUUUUCCAGUCCAAAUAACAUCUUGUUGUCUCUGCUGUACACCCUUGUCAGCUGGAUUAGUGAGUCAAUGUCUCUUUCAUAUCUGGAAUGCAGCUUGAUGUCAUCCAUGUAGAGGAGGUGGCUGAUGGUCACUCCACUCCUGAACUGAUACUCCUAUCCACUCUUCGAGGUGAACUGGCUGAGGCGAUUCAAGCCUAUGCAGAACAGUAGCGGGCUAGUGUAUCACCCUGGUAUAUUCCACAUCUGAUGGUUACUUGUGCUAUUGCUAUAUACCACCAGUAAUUGGUGCUUAGAGCCUCUGGUGCCGUUACCAAUGCCCCUCUGAGCAGGGUUCAGGAAUUUACACACAGGUUCCUUCAGCCUGGUGGCUAUAUCCUCGAGUUAGCCAGUCAGGGUGGGAGCCGCCUUCAAGCAGCUGGUUCAUUUGAGGUGCUAGCAGUGAAUGUAACGCUGUUAGUUCCUUCAGCCAACAGGCGAGGAUCAUGUCGGGCCCUGGUGAUGUCCAGUUCUUCAUAUUGGCUGUUCCUCUGGGAGGCUGCAGAGGUUUGCCUGUCGAUCUCUCAGCCACUGGGCACUGGUGUUAUCUGAUGCUUCUUUCUCCCAUAUGCUCUUCCAGUGCUCCUCAGUUGCUGUUUUGUUUGGUUCAGGUACUGGCGUGUUGUUGGUCUGGAUACUUUUCCUGGUUCUUUGGAGAAGAGUGUGUUUAUUUGCUUGGCCUCUGUGGUCUUAAUGUACCCAUGUAGUCCGCUAGCCAGAGCUGUUAACCAUUACUUGGCAGUUUUCAGGGCUUCGGCUGUGGAUAUACGUCUGUACUUAGUAACUGAGAUGAGUCCGGUCUUCCCAGGUUUCUGCAGCUCAGUUAGCCUGCUGACCUCUGCCUUAUGGUUUUCAUCUUGGCUUCAAAUUGUCGUCUGCAGGAGGGGGGGUUUGUAAGAGUGCUCUCCAUUGGAUUUCAUUUUGUUGCCCAACAUUUCUAGAAUAGCUGUUACCGACACAUAUAUCAGGUUAUUGGUCUCAGUUAAGUUGGAGGCUGCAAUUGUGAGUCGUGUUUCAAUGGCUGUUUCUUGCAUGCUGUUGGAUGGAAUUUUAUCAUUAAGUCUGGGGAGCCUAGCUCGUUGAUUGACGGUCACCAGUUUGACCACGAUUGCUGCAGCCAGCAUCGAACUGCCCGGGGUGAGGUUCGAACUUGCAUUUCCGGUGUGCAAGGUGAUGCUAUAACCUUUGCACCAUCUGUGAGCUGUGGAGGCGGGACUUGAACUCGUAUUCCCCAGUCAACUCGGUUCAGCGGUGAUGUUGCUGAUUCUAUGUCUUCCAAUUCGAGGUGUGAUAGCAAUCCACUGCUGACAGUGUCUGAUUGCUGGGUAGCCAGAUGUUUUUCUGUGAAUGUAGACCAUUGUCUUUAUUGUUGCCAGAGUCCCCACAUGCGCUUGAUGUAUCCUCUUUCACGUGGGUUGAUUCCAUUAAUUCCAUGAUGUCCAGCUCAUCCACUUAUGGUUUGUUCUGAUAGCCAACUUAUCGCCAGACCAUUGGUGUGGACCUUGUUAAUCCAGGUGAUGUCCAAGCUGGCAUGAUUCUUCUUGAUCUUGUCACUCUCUUCUGGAGGUUUUUGUGGGCAGAUGUUGCAUAAGCAUGAAGGGUCCAGGCCACCACCACCACCACCUGGACCUGAGCCCAGACCCCUGCUGCACAGAGCCUGUACGGUUCUCUCGACCAACGGGGAUGUAUCUAACAGUACUUAGGCACAUGUAUAUAGCUAGGAUGCCCAAGACUUUUGCACUGUACGGUAUUUGUCAACAUGGAGCAGUCAGCGAGUCAGUAAAUCUGGUGGGAAAUAUGUGUAACAUACAUUCAAAAUAUUGGAAGAACUCAGCAGGUCAGGCAGCGUCAUCGAAGUGAACAGUCAGCGUUUCAGGCCUGAUUGUAGUAAUGAGGAGGAGUAAUGUCCUGGAUGGUGAGGGUCCUUAAAGCGGCGUUUCCUUUUAGAGGAGCUGCCUUUUGAAGGUGUCUGCACCCACUACCAUCUCUUCGAUGACCAAAGCGAAUUUUGAAUCUGAUCAAGCAAGUCUCUGUAGAUCCCAUGUGCUUUAAUUUUUAGUAUCAGCUUAUACCAGAAGGAACCUUGUCCAAAGCUUUACUGAAGUCCAUGUAGGCAGCAUUCACUGACCUUCCCUCGUCAUCUUCUCAAACAAAAAACUCGAUCAAGAUGUAAGACUUGACUUCCCCACGUAGCCAUGCUGACUGUCAUUAACAAGCCGAUUGCUUUUCCUCAGAACCCCCAGUAAAUUCCCUACCACUGGCAUAACGUUUGCUGCCCUGUAAUUUUCUAUAGCCCUUCUUAACAGUGGAACAACACAGUCUUCCUAACCUCUGGGAACUCACCUGUGGCUGGAGAGAACAUAAAGAUCUCUCAAAGCUGCAGUGAUCUCCUCUCUUACUUCUUUCAAUAACCCGGGAUAGACCCCAUCUGCCCUGGAACGGCAGCAUACCCCUCCCUGAUCUCGCCAUUCUCCAUGUUCUCCUGUGUGGACUACUCUUCUGUAUCUUCCAGGCACAAACGCCUCCCUUAAUCUUGAAUGGUCCUACCCUCUCUGUCAUUACCCACUGGUUUUUAAAGUAUGUAUAAAAUGCUUUGGGUUUCUCCUUAAUCCUACAAGAACAUUUCAUGGCCCCCCUUUAGUACUCCCGAUUCCCUAUUUAAGUUUUCCCCAGUUUCCUUUAUAUUCCUCAAAGUUUCUGUUUAAUUUCCUAAACCUUGUAAACACUUUCUUUAAUUUCAGCAUCCAAGUUUCCUCACCUAUAACACUCUUUGCAUUGAAAUAAGUGCGUCAGACCCUUCACCUGACCCUGACUGCCCUUACAACCUUACCAGACCUAAUGCUGGCCUUCCCUCAACCCCUCCACUUGCUGACACACAGGUCAUGUUCCCACCCCCUGCCAGGCAGCACCAGCAAACAUAUUGGUCAUCCCUCUUGUACAGGUCCCACCUGCUCUGGAAGAGAGCCCAGGAUCCUUGUAGGUGAAAUCCUGCCUCCUGCAUCAACUUCUCAGCUACACAUUUAACUGGUACUCUUUGCCCCCCCCCCCACCUUUUCCUGCCUCCCUCCCCACAGCCACGGUGUAGGUCGAGGUCCAGGAGAGACUUCGACAGAGCCACAUUUGGCAGUCUGAACGCACAUCUUCUGUAGGGCAUCUGUGUCAUUUUUCCUGCAGUUUUCUUGUUACGUGUGGAACAGCUACUGAGUUCCCCUUCGUCUGUUGUCCCAAGAGCCUUGCCUUUGCUCAGUGCACAACCCAACUUACACUUACUUGCCACCAUGGUUGCUUGUUGAUCUCAUAGCAGAGCAGAACAGAGAAGUGAAAGAGCACAGAAUGCAUGUCUCCUGUCAGCCACGUCAGUGUCGUCAGGUGUAAAUGUGCUGGUCUUGAGCCAAAGUCACACAGAAUAGAAGCGAGCCCUUCAGCCCAACUUGUCCAUACCGACCAAGUUAUUCACUGUACUCAUUACAUUUGCCCGAGUCUGGCCCAAAAUCCCUCUGAACCUUUCCUAUCCAUGUACCUGUCUGUCAAUAUUCUUUUAAAUGUAAUUACAAUGCCUGCCUCCACACCUUCCUCUGGCAGCCUGUUCCAAAUGCUAUCCUUUGUGUGGAAGAUGGUGUCCCUCAGGUCCCUUUUAAAAUCUUUAACCAAUGUCCUGCCUGCCUCCCCUUUUCAGAUCCCUAUACCCUGGGGAAAGUGUUGUGACUGUUCACCUUGAUGGUGCCCCUCAUGGUUUUAUAAACCUUUAUACGGUCACCCCUACACUAUCCCAGCCUCUCCAGCUUCUCAUACCCAAAGGUCUCCAAGAAUCUCAUAUCAUCAGCACCCUUUCCAGUGACCAGAACUGCACACAAUCCUCCAAAUGUUGUCUUCCCCACUGUCUUGUACAUCCCAACCCCUGUACCCUCAUCAAUAUCGUGAACUUGCAUCACUACCUCCCUAUAAAUGAGGCACUUUGCUCGUUACUGUUAAUGACACUAAGAAUUUCCUGAGAUCCCCCAACGUGCUGAAUCUGUAAUUACUGCAGUGGGGUGCUGCUGUCUGGCAACAGGUCAUGUUUUCACCUGGAACAUUCUCUGUAGAUAUCUGAGGAUUCUGCUGGCUGUAUACCACAGCACCACAAUCUGCCCACUCUGUUGAGCAAAGGAAACUCAAGCUCUUGAUCCAUGAUGGCACCUGUGGUGUGAUGUCCGGGGGAAACUUCUGCCUCAACUCUGCCAACCGCAGUAUCUUUAACUGCUCGAUUUGGUAUCAGGUGGAUAUACUCAGUGGGUCAGGCAGUGUCCGUGGAGGGAGAGCAAGGGCAGGUUCUACAUGGCUGCAGGUCCCAAACAGGUAGAGUCUUGUCCUGCACCCUGUUCACCAAGCGAGUCUGUUUCAGGAACUAGUGUCUGAAUGUUUCCACCCACAUUGUUUAGUGGGGCUGAUCAGUGUUAUAUGUUCCCCUCCUCUUGGACUGAUUCCCUGAUAAUCUGCCUUCAAUUCUGUCAGCUCCACUCAAUUCACCUGAGUGACGCUGGAGGGCAUUUUGAGUGAUGUUCGUGUAAAGCAUUUGGGAAUGACUGACAACAGGGAUUUCAGUCCCUGUACAAAGGAACCAGUACAAACAGGGAAUGCUAUAAGCAGCUGAAGCCUGGACAGGUAACAGCUGUGUAGAGAGGAGUGGGCGAAGAUCCAGCUGGCCUGCAAACAUUUCCAGCAUCUUGUUUUGAUCUGUUUUCCAGUAUGUGCUGAUUUUCCCUCCUUUUUUAGUUGAAUAAACUAUUUAAUUGGUAAAUCCGGUCUGUUUCACUUGU